AAUGCGGAUUUAUAUAUACAGGGGUUCAAGAUAUUGUUGAAUGCUUCUCUUGUGGACUUGUAUUACAUGACUGGAAGAAGGAUGACAUUCCAUGGAUUGAACACUCGAGACAUAAUUCCAAAUGUAUUUAUGUAUUAUUAUCGAAAGGUAACCACUUUGUAGAACACAUAAUAACCAAAUGUGGAAGAACCAAAUGUAAUUGUGAAACUAAAUAUGCCACUCGCUCAACUGCUUAAACGUAUGAACGAUAAUAAAAUAAAAUUUUGUAUAAUAUUGAAUAAAUUAUUGAAAUUUAUUAAAACA